GCGCCAGCGCCUGUUCCUGCGCGCUCCGUUCCUGCCUCCAUCUCCCGGCGCCACCGGCGCGCGGCGCAAGGCACGCAGGGCCACGGGGCGCGGCGGGCGGGCGGAGCCGGGCGGCGGCCUCGGGCCUCGGGUCUCGGGUCGGUGCGAGCGGGAGCCGGAGCGGGGGGAGCGGGAGCCACAGCUGCACGGCCUCGGCCCGGCCCCGCGCAGCCAUGUCGGGGCUCCUGGGGAAGCUCUUCGGGACGGGCGCCGGCGGGAAGGGCGGCGGGAAAGGCCCGUCCCCGCAGGAGGCGAUCCAGCGGCUCCGCGACACGGAGGAGAUGCUCAGCAAGAAGCAGGAGUUCCUGGAGAAGAAGAUCGAGCAGGAGCUGGCCGCCGCCCGCAAGCACGGCACCAAAAACAAGCGCGCUGCCCUGCAGGCCCUGAAGCGCAAGAAGAGGUACGAGAAGCAGCUGGCACAGAUAGAUGGCACGUUAUCAACAAUUGAAUUCCAGAGGGAAGCCCUGGAGAAUGCCAACACCAACACUGAAGUGCUUAAGAACAUGGGUUUUGCUGCUAAGGCCAUGAAAGCUGCUCAUGACAACAUGGACAUUGAUAAAGUAGAUGAAUUAAUGCAGGACAUUGCAGAACAGCAAGAGCUGGCAGAUGAGAUCUCUACAGCCAUCUCCAAGCCAGUAGGAUUUGGGGAGGAAUUUGAUGAGGAUGAACUCAUGGCAGAACUAGAGGAACUAGAACAAGAAGAACUAGACAAAAACUUGCUGGAAAUCAGUGGUCCGGAGACAGUACCACUACCAAAUGUGCCCUCAAUAUCAAUACCCUCCAAGCCAGCCAAGAAGAAAGAGGAAGAAGAGGAUGAUGACAUGAAAGAGCUGGAAGCUUGGGCAGGAACCAUGUAACCACAGCAGCCCCUGGCUGGAAAAAAGACUUUGGUUACCUGUUCCGGGUGCAAAUGUGUUUUGUUGAGAAGAAAGCAUAAGCAAAAUGUCUUUAUCUUUAAUUUUAACCCAGAGUAGUGGGAACUGCAUUGCUGUUUUCUGCAUAGCAUGGAAAAAAGUCUGCCCAGAGGAGAGGAGCGGGAGCAGGGGAAUGCCUGCUGACAAUACGGUUCAAUUUCUGUAGAAAAGGUAUUUGCAAAAUCAGACACUCAGCUUUGGGACUGUGCUCCUGCCACUGCUGGAUCUUCAAUUUGGGCCAUAUAUUGAAUUAAGCUGAAAAACCCUCUGUAAUUUUAAGUCAGUUUAAGUGUGUCUAGGAGUCUUGUAAGGCAUUUAAAAACCAGGAAAAGUCGUAAGCCCCCAUCGGCUUCUUUAUUGUGUUUUAGGUGCAAGAAUGCUUUAGGUUUUUAGUUCUUUGCCAGUUCUAUUUAUAUCCCUUGACUGCUGUGUGGCCAGCCCUGUGUCUGUCACUGCAAUGACAUAGUCACUGUGCCCAUUUUAAUUGGUGAGAAUGAUCUGCAGUUGAUCCACACUCUCUUGGAAGUAGGGAAGGUUUCAAGUUCAGUUGUACAUUUUUCUACAUAGCACUACAAUGUUUAUUGCUUUUUUGUGAUAAUUGAUAACCCAUUCAGAUACAUGCACACAAUUAUUUUAAUUAAGAAACUACUAUGGAUUGCACUGUAUUAAAUAUCUCGAUUAAUUUUCA